CCGGAAAUUCAUUGCACUGGGAAAAAACGACUUCCUUUGGUUAUUUUCUCCGAAGCGUUGGAAUGACGCGCGCCCAGCGUUAAAACAAAGCUCGCGUCAAAGUGAAGCUGCUUUCGAUUGAUACACCAAACAAGUAUUUAAACUUCCUGUCUGAUUCGAUUCCUCCUCCUACUACAACUCUUUCCUCUUAAUACUUUUGCCAUUCAAAUCAAUCGCGUGAAACAUGUCUAAUGAGUUGUGUCCGGAGAGGCCUUUGUUUGGCGGCGCAAUCUCCAGUGCCUUCCCUCAAAGAUUCCAGGAUGCGAGUAAUAUCCGACAAGUUCCAGAUCAUCAGGAAGUGUUUGUGGAUCCUUCAAGGGAUGAGAGUUUGAUUUUUGAGCUUUUGGAUUUCAAGCCUGACGUUGGGGACAUUGGCAGUGCUUCUUGGUUCCUUCAUGAUCUUGCUCGUGAGCAAGAUGCCCAAGGUUUCAAGUUGAUUGAGCAAUCACAUGUCAUUGAUGUGCCUGGAUUGUCUUAUAGAAACAUCCCUGCCAUUGCCACAACUGCUAUUGGAGAGAUGGCUAUAUCCAAAGGAAGACAGGGAAGAGAGGCACAAAACCUAUUGAAGGUUUAUGUGGCGAAUAUUCGUCUUAAGGGAGUUGAAACAGAUGUCUUAGUGACUGCGUAUGAACCUAUUCUCAUCAACCCGUUGAGUGAAAGUGCGAAUGCAGUAGGAUCUGGUUUAGCUGUACCAGCUUCACAAUCUGGAAUAAUGCCAAUGUGUGAUGUCAUUAAACAAUCACUCUCUACCUUCAAAGUCAAUGACUGGAGUCUUUUUGGUUCCUCUGCUUAAAUCUAUAUUUGUAUGCGUCAUCAGCAAGACGAAGCAAAUGCAAAGCUGCCAUUUUGUGUUUUUUUUUUAACUUAUUUUGGAGUUAUCCAAACUAGUCGAUUGAGAGACCUAGUUAUUAUCUUUAAGCAUUGUUCUUUAGCUUCUGAGUAAUGAGUUUAUUAUCACACCCCUUGAAUUCAAUAUAGAUGAAUCCAUUUGUUUCUUA